AUGAAGAUCAGCAAAGAACAGGUGAGUAUAGUGACAGUCCCCCUUAUGAUCCCCUAAAAACCAGUAGGAACUGUUAGGGGUGUCCAGUAAUGUGCAGCUGAGGAUGUAAUGUUUUCUCCAGCUUGUGGGAUGGGGAUCACAUUUCAAAAGUGUAAUUAUAACAUAAACACAGACACAAAACUGAUAAAGGUAUGAUAUUCUAUUUUACUGAACAAACUUAGUAUUUAUGAAAAAAUGGCAAUUUAAUGUGUUAACACAGAGCAGCAAAUUCCGGCAUUUAUUUUGUCUCGUUAUACUAUGAUACAGGAGGUGUGUCCCGAGUCUCCAGAAAUGGAGACAGAGUCGCAGAAUGAAGAGAACAAGGAGGAACAGCUAAUAGAAGAAGAUUCUGGGAAGAAAGGAAAGAAAGAAAAGAAUUAUAACAAACGACUUCUGAAACUUGUAAGUGCUCCCAAGGGUGUACCUGGGAACUGCUGAGAUCUGGUGUAAGAAUCAAAGAAUCUCAGACCCCCUCUCAGCAAUACAUCUGAGUGGGAUGAUGGGAUGAGUCUGACUGUGUGUGUAGUUCGCUGAUUGUAUCUAACGUUAAAGGGAUACUCUGGUCACCAUAACAACUUCAUCAAUUGAAGUUGUUAUGGUGCCAGGAAGUCCUAUGUGCCUUCCUACCUUAAAGGGUUAAACCAUCUAUGAAGGGUUUAACCCUGUCUGCUCUGCCCAGUGCCUUCAACCAAUUCUGCAUUCAAUCAAGAGGCCCCUAUUCAUAAAACUGAGUGCAAAAUGUACAUUUUAUGAAUGGGUUCUGUUUGUAAUCGGUGUGCUGUGAAUUCAGGGGUGAAUCAAUGUGAACUGCUUAUAAAUGUCAAUGUAGAGUAUUUCUGAAAAGAAUGUCAAUGUGUUUCUAGAAAAGCAAGGUGUGUUUGUGUGCAAUUAAUAUAAGUGUGUAUUUGUGUGUUGCUUUUUUUUUUUUUUGCAUUUUCUUUUUGUUGAUCGGAGGAACUCCAGGGCUCAGUCGCAUUAAUUUGUGCUAUUUUUAUUUUUUAAAUCUAUGUAUAAAUAAAAUACACAGUGUCACACAUCAUUACUAUGAAAGUUGAAACAUGACAAUGUCCAAGGGAUUCAUUAAUUAAUACAUUCUGAUUUUGUUUUCCUUUUGACUUGUAGCAUGUAGAUGCUCUCGUACUUGCAAACCAAGUGGGCUUAUCAAAGAAAAUAACUAGCCAAACUGAGGCUGAGCCCCUGGGAAUGUGUGACAGUUCCCCACUGCCACAGAUCGAGAUCCAAGACCAGGUAAGCAUGUACGCAAUGUGGCAGAUUAGUCCUUAAGAUUUUGGGGUCAUUAGAUAUUGACUAGAGGUAGAAACUUUACUGAGGAAAAAUCCCUGAACUUUCUCAUACCAGGGAAAGAAAGAUGGCAAUUCUCUCUCUAAUACAGAAAGAAAGAUCUUAAUACUAUAGUAUAUUAAUAAUAUUUAAUGUCAUGGUUGUAGGGAUAAAUUGCUUAUUCUGCUUUGAGAAUUGUAUUACUGUGUGUGAUGAUUUAUCACCUUCCCAUGUGUGUCACUGUGAUACACUAUACACCAGGGGAAGGCAACCUUUGGCAGUCCAGAUGUUCUGCACUACAUCUUCCGUGAUGCAUUGCCAGCUUUAUGGGUGUAAGAGCAUUCUGAAAGACUAAGUAAUUUAUCCUUAGAACCGUAGCAUUAACCCCAUGUCACAUAGCACAUUGUGUUGACUUACAGUUUUCUGUGUAUAUUCACCUUCUAUUUUAUUCCUCUCCUUACAGAGAAAUGUAUAUAUAUAUUUACACAAACACAUAUAUACAUACACACACACACACACACACACAAAAUCUAUAUUACACACCCAAUGAUAAUGAAUAGAAAUGCACAAUGGGCUCCGUUAAUGAAUAUAUUCUGAUUUUUUUCUUUUCUUUUUGUGGGUAGCAGGCUCAGGAUGGACCUUUACUGGAAAAGUCAAGCGAAUCUGAGGAGAACUGUGAAGUAGUUGCAGAGGAUGUGGUACCUGACACCCAGGAAAGACCAGCUCAGAGCGAGAAGGAAAUAUCUGAUGAGAACAAAAUCGAAAUCCUGAGUGAGUCAGAUGAAGGCGACAAAGAAGAGGAGGGGGGAAAAAAGAAAAAUAGGGGAUCCUGCCUGAGACGGGUGCUGCUGCAUCCCCAGAAAACCAAAGAAAGUAAAGGUGAACACACCCGAGACCACAGAUGUCAUCAUAUUUCAGGUCCAUGGACUUCACAAUUUCAGCGGUGAAUGCAGCACAGAGAGCGAAGCUGCAGCUUCCACCCACUCCUCUCUGCCAUCGGAGUGAAGUGGAGGUCUGCCGCAGAAAUGGAAAUGUGUCAACGACCUGUCUCGAAUGUGAAUGA